UGUGGACCAAGCAAUCUUGAAUGAAUAGUUAAAGCAACUUCCAGCUUUCUUAGACAAAAGGGAGACCAACUUCCAAGCCUGAAUUAUAUUCUUUAUGAAAUUCUUCACACUGGUUUAAGAGCUGAAAGAUGCAGGAGAGAAGCUGUGAGCAAGAUGCACCCCUGUCUUUAAUGAGGAAGGAUGCUUAUGAUGCAAAUAAAAACAAUCAUACCAACAACCACGAAAACAUAUAUGAGGAUUCCUCUUCUUUCGACCUCUUUUAUGAUUCUCUCUCAGAUAUACAGGGUAGGGAAUUUUCAGAUGAGUUGUCUUCCUUUCUUAGUGAAGAGGAGAUGAGCAAAAGUCUUGAACUUGCCCAGGAAUCUAUUGUGAAUGCUGUAGAGGAUGGGAAGGCAAAGCAGGAGUUCACAUAUUACUUCAACACCUCUUCUCCAAACUCACUAGAGGAAAUUGAAGUAAGUGAUCCAGAUACUUCCAAGAAGACUCAAGUGACAACUCCAAACUCCCUAUUAAUUGCAUCUCAAACUCUCCCAGAGCAAGAAAAGGAAAAUGCACAUUCUCAAGAAGCAAACAAUGUUUUCAAUGUUACUGGGAAAAAAUCUAGCAUAUCACCCCUGCUACCUGCAAGGCCAAGCUUUAUUCGGAGUCUCAAAAAUGCUGAAAGAUGUGGUCCAAGUGUGCAAAAGACGAACCCUAAGUUCAAAUCAUCUUCCAACAGUGAAGUUCCUUUAAAGAACAAGGUGUGUGAUAAAGCUGCCACUUUGAUAGAAGAACUCUCUUCCAUAUUUAGAGAAGCAGCCAAGACCAGAGUUGGGAGUCCAGAUGGAAAUUCUUCUUCCCCUGACAGUGGAUAUUUGUCCCCUAAAAACAAACAAUCAGUCAUGUCAAAUUCCUUAACGAACUCAGUUCCAGACAAAACACAUCAAGAGGGCAUAACUGAGAAUGAGUUACCCAAAGUCAUUCACAAUGGAGAAUCUGUGCUCCACAGGAAGAGCAGCUCUCAGGUCAAUGGAAAUGACUCCUUGAAUCAGCUUUCCAAGGAAAAUCACAAUCAAAUGUCAGCUCCUCAGUUUACUCUAAAACUCAGGAGUCUGGAAGUUGCUGAAGGAAGCAAGGUGCAGCUAGAAUGCAGAGUUACGGGGAAACCAUCACCACAUGUGAGGUGGUUCUGUGAAGGAAAAGAACUAAAAAAUUCUCCUGAUAUUCAGAUCUGUUGUGAAAACGAAGAACUCCAUAGAUUAAUCAUACCUGAAGCCUUUGAGGACGACACAGGGCGCUAUUGUUGUCUUGCCUCAAACUGUGUUGGCUCUGACUCUACAUCUGCAGAAGUAUUUGUUGAAGGUACCAGUUCAUCUGAUUCUGACAGUGAAAUUUUCAGCUCAAACUCUGGAGCCAUGCCACAGGCCCAGAAGAAAAGUACUUCUGUUUCUUUAACAAUAGGAUCUUCUGCUCCGAAGGCUGGGAUCACAACAGCAGUAAUUCAACCUAUCUCAGUGCCUAAUCAGCAAGUCCAAAGUCCUACUUCAUACCUCUACAGAUUAGAUGAAUCUAAACCCAGCCAUGCUGUGCCUAUUUUUACAAAGGAGCUGCAAAAUGCAACCACAACUGAAGGACAAGUAGUUGUGCUUGAGUGCAGAGUGAGGGGACCACCUCCCAUGCAAGUCAGCUGGUUUCGGCAAGGAACUGAAAUUCAGGAUUCCCCAGACUUCAGAGUUCUUCAAAAAAAGCCUAGAUCUGCAGCUGAACCUGAGGAGAUAUGUACUCUGGUAAUUGCAGAGACCUUUCCUGAAGAUGCAGGAACCUUCACAUGUACUGCAAGAAACGAUUAUGGGUCAGUGAUGAGCAGUGCAAAACUGACUGUGCUAUCAGCUGGUUCUGAAAGCUCCAUGCAUGACUUGUCAAUGAGGGAACAAAACAAUGAUGACUUUCACCAGUUUCCACCUCCACCUCCAAGUCUUGAGAUUAGUGCUGUUGAGCUUCUUCCCAAGAAGCAUUUUGAGAGCCACCAGACUAAUAGUGCUGAACUGAGGCCGAGCGUAGCAGCCCUUCAACUGCAGCUCAACUCUGCUGGCAAGAGAACCAAUGGCAUCCAUCCCAGUCAUGGAGUUAAUGGGGUGCUUAACGGCAAUGACAAAAUUGAUUUACCUGCUCCUCAUCCAAGUGGCCUUCUUUCACCCACAAAAACGCCACCACCUGUGCUUGCUAAGCCAAAGCUGGACCCUUUAAGACUUCAGCAGCUGCAGAACCAAAUCCGCCUGGAAAAAGAAGCCAGUCAGUGUUCUCAUCCGCAGCAAGUUGGUGUCUACCAGAGCCUGCCCUCAUCGCCAUCUUUCCCCCCUCCACCUUCAUUCCAAGAACUUGAAUCCAGCCACUCCAUUGUUCCUCCUGUGCAAAUGAGCGUUCUCAACUCUCAUUCUGCUCCCACCAUGCAGUCCUCCAGCUCCUUCAACUAUGCCCGUCCCAAGCAGUUCAUUGCUGCCCAGAACAUCAGUCCUGCUUCAAGCUACAUGACUCCUUCAUCUGGAUCUUCCACCUCCAGCCUCCCGUCCCCGAUGUCUCCAACCACUUCUCAGAAACAGUUUGGCAGAACAUCCAUCCCCCCUUUCUCUCAGCCUUUUGCUCCUGAAGGGGAAUACAACUGGUCUCCUUCUUCCCCUUCACCACCCCCACCCCCUCCCCCUGUUUUUAGUCCAACAUCCACCUUUUCGGUGGCUGAUUCCUUUCCGCUGCCUCCACCUCCUCCGCCUCCUCUCCCAACCUCUGUUCCAUCACCCUCCCGCAGUCUUUCUCCCACAUCUAGAUUUUCCAACUCCAGCCAAUCCCCAGCAGCCUUCCUUAGUUCCAUGCUACCAUCUCAGCCGCCUCCUGUUGCUGUCAAUGCACUGGGACUUCCGAAAGGCGUCACACCUCCGGGAUUUCCAAAGAAAACAGGCAGAACUGCAAGGAUUGCAUCUGAUGAAGAAAUUCAGGGCACAAAAGAUGCAGUUAUCCAGGACUUGGAAAGAAAGCUUCGCUUCAAGGAAGACCUGUUGAACAAUGGUCAACCAAAGCUAACCUAUGAAGAGAAGAUGGCUCGUCGACUGCUAGGGGCGGAUAGUGCUGCAACCGUCUUCAGUAUCCAGGAGCCAGAAGAUGAUGUAUCACUCCAGGAAAUUGGCUCUCUUGAUGCUUCUGUACUGACUCCCGUGGAUGUUCAAAAGGAAUAUAAAGUCUCCAGCUUUGAGCAGAGGUUGAUCAGUGAGAUCGAAUUUCGGCUGGAGAGGACUCCUGUAGAAGAGUCAGAUGAUGAGGUGGAGCAUGGAGAAGGGCCCCUGGAUAACAGCAUCGCACCAUAUUUUGACAUCAAGCUGAAACAUUACAAAAUAUUUGAAGGAAUGCCAGUCACAUUUACUUGCAGGGUUUCUGGAAAUCCAAAGCCAAAGAUCUAUUGGUUUAAAGACGGGAAGCAAAUCUCUAAAAGGAGUGAACACUACAAAAUGCAGAGAGAACCUGAUGGGACCUGUUCUCUCCACACCACAGUCUCCACCCUAGAUGAUGAUGGGAAUUAUACUAUCAUGGCUGCCAAUCCACAGGGCAGGGUAAGCUGUACAGGAAGACUGAUGGUCCAAGCUGUCAACCAGAGAGGACGUAGUCCCCGGACACCACCUGGCCAGUCUCAUGUCAGAAGACCUCGAUCUCGAUCAAGAGACAGUGGAGAUGAAAAUGAACCAAUCCAAGAACGCUUCUUUCGACCUCAUUUCCUGCAGGCCCCAGGAGACUUGAUAGUUCAAGAAGGAAAACUUUGCAGAAUGGAUUGCAAGGUUAGCGGCUUACCAACCCCAGAUAUAAGCUGGCAAGUCAAUGGAAGAGUAAUACGUUCGGAUAGUUCUCACAAAAUGCUGGUUCGUGAAAAUGGUGUGCACUCCCUGAUCAUCGAACCCGUCACAGCAAGGGAUGCUGGCAUCUACACAUGUGUUGCCACCAAUCGAGCUGGCCAGAAUACAUUCAGCUUGGAACUGAUUGUUGCAGCAAAGGAAGCACACAAGCCACCUGUAUUUGUAGAAAAGCUACAGAACACCGGAGUAGCUGAGGCUUAUCCUGUGCGACUGGAAUGCCGAGUUUUAGGUGUGCCGCAUCCUCAGAUUUUCUGGAAGAAAGAGAAUGAGUCACUUACAUACAACACUGACAGACUGAGCAUGCAUCAGGAUAACCACGGUUACAUUUGCCUGCUCAUCCAGGGAGCUACAAAAGAAGAUGCUGGCUGGUACACUGUGUCAGCUAAGAAUGAGGCUGGGAUUGUGUCCUGCACAGCAAGGCUGGAUGUCUAUACUCAAUGGCAACAACAGUCCCAGAUCACCAAGCCAAAGAAGGUGCGUCCCUCAGCCAGUCGAUAUGCCGCACUUUCUGACCAAGGACUAGACAUCAAAGCAGCAUUUCAACCAGAAGCAAACCCUGUUCAUCUGACACUGCAAUCUGGACUGGUAGAAAGUGAUGAUCUGUAAACUUUUACUGUUGGGUCUACCAAUUUCUUUCAAAAAGUGAAACACUGAAAGCCAUUGUCUUGACCAAUGAUAAUUUAUGCCACUUUAUGUGAAAGGUAGACACCUUUAAGUGCAAAGGAUGAAGAAUACCAUAGCCACAACUUUCUUCAUCAUUGUACCAAAUUGGAAUAGGUAGCAAUCAUUAAAUAACGUGUACAGUCCACACACACGUGCGCACACAUACCACCUUCACAGUCAUUUUUAAAAUCACUUAUGUGGGUAGUACUGUUUUGAACAAUUCUAUUAACAAAUGCUGAAGUUAAUGGGAUUUCUCAAAAGUGCAUACACUGCAGACCUUAUCACCAAGUGCCUUUUAUGAGUUAUAGGUGCUAUAAACACAUAAUACUUGUGGGGUCACAACACAACUGCAAAUGUAUCAACAAUGUAUUCUGAUGUGCAAUACUGGAGGGAUAAAACAAGAUAGGGGGUGGAAGACUGAUUUAAAUUAAAUUCUAAUUUCUGCAAACAGCUUUCUAUCUCGAAGUAGAAAGAAACUACUUGCCUUAAAUGUUCUUAGUAUGGCAAGGAAACUUCACACCAGAUAGUUUAAUGUGACUUCAGCCAACAGAAGAACUGGUUAAGUUAUAAAUGUACUGGCAGGAUGAUUCAGUAAUAAUUUACAGACCUUAUGAUGGAGUUGUUUCACGGUGUUACAUUUGCUAAAGUGAAAUAGGGCAACAGGCCAAACUUUUCUCAGAAGAUGAAAAUGUUGUUUGUGUCUCUGGAAUUCCAUGGUUAUGUGAACACUGGGAUUUUUUUAAAAAAAUGCUAGCCAUUUGAUUGAACAGAGUCCGUGUGACACAGGAGAGGAUAAUUGGGAGUAUAAGAGUAAGUGGGGUUAUGGAAUGAGUUUGCAGUAAGAGUUUAAAUGAUAAGCACACACCCUAGAGAAUAAUUAGUAAAGACGAGAAAAUGGAAAGAAGAAUGAUGGUAAGCAAAACGGUGUUACUUUUUAAACACUGCAUGUAUGAUGUCCUAGAAAUUACACUUUUGUGUUCUUGUCUCGUGCGGCAAGGCACAACAACCCUGCCUGUGGCUGCAAUCGUGUGAAGAAGGCAAAAAUGGUGGAACUUCCAGACUGCAGACUAAUUCACCAUCUAGUUGGACUACCGCCUUACACAAUUUGGAUUCAAUUGCAACUAAUUCCGUUGGAAGGAAACAGAAACACAGUUCAGUUAAGUCUGGUGUGAGGGAGAAGGUUUUGAUGGUACAAGAGUACUUUACUAUAAAAGGAAAACACUGUAUUCCUUUAUAUGAAGCACGUUUAUAGUACUUUAUUUAUAAUAAAAAUGUUGAAAUCUUUAUCUCAGCUUAGUUAUUCAAGCGCAGUACUUUUUUAAAAAAAGUUUUGUAUUAUGUACCACAUCAUAUAUUUUACGUUACUGCUAGACAUGUAUUGCUUUGCACCUCAUUGUUUAAGUACACAAACCAGAUUUUUAGCUGUUAGCAAGUUUAACAAAGAAGGUAGUUAUUCUAUACAAACUGAUGCAUGUAGCUUUGACUGCCCUUUUUUCAGACAUUUCUUCAGUGUUUGUACUGUCAUAUACAGUCUGUCUUAUGAACCGUUCUGCUAUCAUCUCCUAACCAAGUAUUAUCAUACCAUCCACUUCCCAAAUUCUUCUCAGAGGUGACUUGCUAAUCUACUAUUUGUUUAGCUUCACUAGUAGUAUUUUGCUUCUUUUUAUUGGUAUUUAUAAAAAAAUAUACAAUCAUUAUUACUUUGGAUUGUUGUGCUGAUAUUAUGUGGAUUUAACGUCAAUAAACACUAUACAAAUAAA